AUCAACGACCCGAGCUUUCUCAGAUACGAUUUCUUUGAUGAACUAUCAAAAGACCCCCCCACCUUCCGCUGCAUCCCUGCCGAGUUGACGCUGAAAAUGGCUGUAGCAAGACGCGGACUUUCUGGCCUCCAACGGGAGGUUUUGUCUUUAUACAGACAAUGCCUUCGGGAAAUCCGCAAGAAGCCAGAGAAUGCGCAACCUCACUUUCAAACCUUUGCCAGGACCGAGUUUGACAGGUACAUCACCGUCGACAAGCGCGACUUUUCUGUCGUAGAGCACUUGCUCCGGAAGGGUCGUCGUCAGCUCGAGACGUACUCUUCGCCCAGCAUCAAGGAUGUUAGUCGAUGAGGAAACCGCAACUUGAUUGCUCUGACGUUGGUUCCAUCCUCACGCACUUCUGGGAAACCGCGUCUUCGGAUAGGAAACCGAGCCGGCCAUACAACCCAGGCGCAGGCGAUAGCAGUCGACACUUCCCCUCUGUAUCACCACAUGUCUCUCCUAUGCUACGUUUUGUUACCUACCUAACUAGACCACAUGAUACCAUCACAAAUUCUUCUUUGGAUCCAGCUUUGAUAUUUCCC